GAAGGGGGGGCCACUGAGGACAGUCGGCCAUUGCAGUUACAGAGGAUGUGAGCUCUGGGGACCCACUAUUAGACCAUACUGUGUCUAGAGCCAGAGCCAUGACCUGGAACCCCGAUGACCUCUGUCAGGGCCGCUGGUGACCGGCAAGCACACCAUGGAGCUUAAAGUGUGGGUGGAUGGAGUUCAGAGGGUCGUCUGUGGGGUCACUGAAGUCACAACUUGCCAGGAGGUUGUAAUAGCCUUAGCCCAAGCUAUAGGUCGAACUGGAAGGUACACCCUUAUAGAAAAAUGGAGAGAUACUGAAAGGCACUUGGCACCGCACGAAAACCCCAUCAUAUCCUUAAACAAGUGGGGGCAGUAUGCUAGCGACGUACAACUCAUCUUGCGUCGGACUGGGCCGUCACUCAGCGAGCGACCCACCUCAGACAGUGUGGCCCGGAUUCCUGAAAGAACUUUGUACCGACAGAGCCUGCCCCCGUUAGCCAAACUGCGGCCCCAGGUGGACAAGUUGAUCAAAAGGAGGGAGCCGAAAAGAAAAUCCCUGACCUUCACGGGAGGCGCCAAAGGGCUGAUGGACAUUUUUGGAAAGGGCAAAGAAACUGAGUUUAGGCAGAAAGUGUUGAGUAGUUGCAGGUCCACGGCAGAGGAGCUGAGGAGGCUGAUCCAACUCCAGACAGAUAAGCUGCUGGCCAUCGAGCAGCAGCUGGAGUCCAGUGAGAUAGAAAUACGAUUCUGGGAGCAAAAGUACAAUUCCAGCUUGGAAGAGGAAAUUGUUCGCCUCGAGCAAAAGAUCAAAAGGAAUGAUGUGGAGAUCGAGGAGGAGGAAUUCUGGGAAAAUGAACUACAGAUCGAACAAGAAAAUGAGAAGCAGCUGCAGGACCAGCUUGAUGAGAUCCGGCAGAAAGUCACGGACUGUGACAGCAAGCUCCAGGACUACCUGGCGCAGAUCCACACCAUGGAGAGCGGUCUCGAGGCAGAGAAGCUGCACUGGGAAGUUGAGGAGGCGCAGGUCACUGAGGAGGAGGUGAAAGGCAGGAUAGAAAAGGUCAAGGGGGAAGUGGACCUCCAGGGGCAGCAGAGCCUGAGGCUGGAGAGCGGCAUCAGGGCCGUGGAGAGGUCUCUGGGGCAGGCCGCCAAGCGGCUACAGGACAAGGAGCAGGAGCUGCAGCAGUUGACCAAAGAGCUGCGACAAGUCAACCUCCAGCAGUUCAUCCAGCAGACAGGGACGAAGGUCACCGUGCUGCCAGCUGAGCCCACUGAGACGGACGCCUCCCAGGCAGGCGUAGAGACGGAGACGCCAUUCCAGUCUGGGUCCCUGAAGCGACCUGGUUCAUCACGGCAGCUCCCCAGUAAUCUUCGUAUUCUGCAGAACCCCAUCUCCUCUGGGUUUAACCCUGAAGGCAUCUAUGUAUAACACUGUCUUCAGGAGAAGGAUCCAGCCAAGGUACCAAGGACAGUAAAAUCCUUCAGUUUGUGCCAACGGAACAGGAUCUGUUCCCAAGCCACUAUACCCUCUCCCAUCACAAACCACGUUACCCUGUGCACUGAUGCUGACCAUGGAGCCUGCUCACACUUCGCAGUAUUGACAUGCUGUCCAGCAGCUGAAAUGCAAAGCCUUCGUUUUUAUUUGUAGCAUUCAGAGAGCAUUAGAAAGUAUUAAUCUAUGUUUAUACAUGAAUAAACUCUGCAUUGAGAGUCAAGUUAUGUUAACUGUUUAGUUAAUUUAUUCCAUGUAACUGAUUAAUGAAUGAAUGUUACUGUUAAUAUUCUAUUAGUUCUCAUCCUGUGACUUACCGUGUUGAAUAUCGUGGGUUCUGACUCUGCACGUUGGCAGACUCCUAUUCUAUUAGUUCUCAUCCUGUGACUUACCGUGUUGAAUAUCGUGGGUUCUGACUCUGCACGUUGGCAGACUCCGUCCGGCUUUGCUCGUGUACGGCUACGCGGUCUCACGAGGGCCUUACCUCCAUACCAACUCCAACGGAGCUCGCUGCACUUCCACCGGCGCCUCUGUCCACCCGUCCUAAACCAGAUAGUUCAGCUUUCUUUCGGGUCUGGAAGUUAAUUGUUUCUUCACAGUAUUUCCCAACAUAAAUUACCACAUAACAUCACAGAAAUAUCUUCAGUGGGGUAAACGGUUCAUGUAAAAUGCUGUGGUCAUAGACUGCCAGCUGCGCAGCUGGUGUCUGUCCUGGGCUUCCUGACACACACUGAGGUCUUUCCUGCUCGCCACUACCUCCCGUGGAUCCUCGCGGUGACACAGUGUGAGAAGGAGAGAUCCCCAGGGACAGGGUUGCCGUACUUUAGGAAUGGAGUGACACAUUUCAGAAUAGCCCACUUCUCUGUGUAGUCCAUGCAUGCACACGGGGUAGGUGCUGCUUGCCAUGAUUUAAAACACGGGCUGCGUGUGUUCUCUAGCCACUGAGUCAAACGCGGAGAACAGAACACUGCAGUCGGGAAUUUUUUUACCAAGGAAAUAAUUAAAUCAGAGUGUGGUUUUAUUUUUAAGUUUGACUUUAUAGGAUAUUAUCUCCAUUUAUAUUUAUAUCAUUUUGUAUAGUAAGCCAAAAAAAGUCAAUAUUCUUCUCAUGAACAGCGGCUUAGCUACAUCCACAGUGACAUCAGGCAUGCUGUCACACGUUACAUCCAGUGACAUCAGACAUGCCGUCACACGUUACAUCCAGUGACAUCAGACAUGCCGUCACACGUUACAUCCAGUGACAUCAGACAUGCCGUCACACGUUACAUCCAGUGACAUCAGACAUGCCGUCACACGUUACAUCCAGUGACAUCAGACAUGCCGUCACACGUUACAUCCAGUGACAUCAGACAUGCCGUCACACGUUACAUCCAGUGACAUCAGACAUGCCGUCACACGUUACAUCCAGUGACAUCAGACAUGCCGUCACACGUUACAUCCAGUGACAUCAGACAUGCCGUCACACGUUACAUCCAGUGACAUCAGACAUGCCGUCACACGUUACAUCCAGUGACAUCAGACAUGCCGUCACACGUCUUGCGGCCCUUCCCAUUCUCCCUGAGAACAUUGGGCACAGUGUAGCUAAGACUUCAAUCUGAAACGCAAAGUAGUUUUCAGUUCUAAAGAGAAAACAUUCUCUGUAUUACUUACAUGCAAUAAAAUAAGAGUGGAUUGAUAGAGCAAUGCGGUGACUGACCACAUCCAGCUCGCUUAAUGGAGCUGAGAACGCUGCUGCUGGGUUUAGGCUCCCAGUGGGAAGAAUUAACAGCUGCUGUCUCUUACCCACGUAAACAGCAGACCUCAACUGAACCGCUGUCCAUGGGUCCUCACGCUCACCAAGCUGACCUUGCCAUUACUGCUUUGCAGUUGACCUGAGAAGGAACCAUGGCCUGUACAUACUCCCUCCAGAUUUGUAAGCAUUGUUUCAUAUCUAUAUGUAUUUAAAAAUAAUAAUUCAAAGUAAUUUGUAGCUUUUUGUGACAGUGGUGACUCCAUGUGCCCAGUACAUGCCUUACUCUCAGCUAAAUUAACCCUUGAUGACAAAGGAGAGAAAACUGCAAGUGUGUUAGGCUCUGUGGUGAGAAAUUAAAGACAGAGCUGGGCAUGGUGGCUCAUGACCAUAAUUCCAGUACUCAGGAGGCUGAGGCAGCAGAGUUGCCAUAAGACCCAGGCUGUCCUAAGUUACAUGGGAAGUUCUAGAGUAGCGUGGGGUCUAGUGCGGGACCCUGCUCAGAAAAGAAGAGAAGGACCUGCGCAGAUUCCUUGGCACCCGGCAGAGAUCGCAUCGCGCAGCUCAUGUGGCUGCUGUGAACUGCCAGGGUUGACCAGCAACUCUAAAGCGGGCAGCACAUCCCACCAGCUCCCCCCAGUCCUGGCUCUCUGCCAGUGUCACACUUUACAUACCUAACACCCUCACAACUCUGGCGCUGCCAGCUACCCUCCUAACUACACACCCACGCAAGCCCUGCCUCCCAGGUGGGCAGGGUGCGGCCUUGUGAGUCCACAAACAGACUGUGUGGUUUUGUCACCAGUCACAGGGCUUCCGCAGGCACACCACUCUCUGGUGUUUCCUAAAGUUCUGUAGGGACAUCUGAAAAUACUUCAGGCUACUGUGACUUUUUACCUGUCGUGACUGCAAACGAAUCGGCUUGUGAGCCCUGUCUUCCACCCCAUCUCAGCAGAGAGGUGCAGGCAGUGGGAUUCAAAACUACCAAAUGGGAAAUAAGUAUCCAGGUUCUAAAUAAUAAAUUAGAUCACAAAUUUUUGUGUCUUUUUAACUAGUACUGAAGGUUAUAUUAUGCGAUUUUUCUACAGGAAUUAAAUAUAUUACAAGUUUUAUUUUUGCCAAUGAACAAUUUGAAUAUCAUUGGUAUGUUUGACCUUUAGGGCAUCGUCAUUCUCUCCCACAGGGUUACCUCAGUUGUGUGUGCGUGUGCGUGUGUGUGUGCGUGUGUGUGUGUGUGUGUGUGUGGUUUUUUUUCUCGUUUCCUUUAUAUUUUGGCUAUCAACGUCCCUUUUUGUCUCAGUGAACAAGGAAGUUUUUAUGAGGCUUCAGUUGGUGUUGAGGUUGCCCUCUGAGUGCCCAGUUAGUUAUCAAUGGGCAGCUCAGCAGCUCGUGUACUUGAAAUCAGUUACAAGCAAGAGCUGGUUUGCACCCUGGCAUGUACGGUAAAGACAGCUUGUGUAUGGCAUGUGGGGUGUGGUGGCGUGCACAGACAGGUCAGCACUGCUCCCAGGCCAAGAUGAAGUGCAGCCCCAUGGUAACACAGCAUUUGUAAGAGCAAAAAGGUCCUUAGAGACAAGAACUUUCAUAUCAGGGAAUACCUUUCCAAGUUAGGACUUCAGCAGAUUGAAGAAAUAAUAUGGAAAAGACAAGGACAAACACCUGAUUUCAGGCACGCACGGAGACAGGCAGUUAGCAUUGGACAUUGCCUUGGGCAGAUCAGGCCUUAGAUUAUAUACAUUAAACGAUGCUCUGUGUCUCUCUGUAAAACAAGCCUGUCUUGAUUAGUUCAUACUGUGGUGAAGCUAGCUCAGAAAGUAUUCCUUGUGUAUCAUGUCAGUGCUUUUAAGUCUCGUAGUGAUACCCACCUCCACGCCUGUAGCACUGACCACGUCCAAAAGGCCUGGUGUUUGCUACGGUGGUUUUAAGUUCCAGGAGAAGGCUGUCAGCUGUCAAGAAUUCACGGCCAUCAGUAUUUAUUUAGUGUUGCUGCUUCACGUUUCCCCAGCGCACCUUGGAGCGUCAAAGCUGUGGGAGCUCCUUCACUUGCUUUUUUUUUAAAAUAUAUAUAUAUAUUUUUAGAAACCAAAUGACUGCAGAUGGCUGUUUAGCAUCCUGUUAAACCAGCAGAACUCUAAAGGCAAUAACUGUAUGCAUAUGUGGGGGGGAGAGUGAAAUACAGGUUACAGCCGGGCGGGCGUGGUGACAGACCCUCACAGGCCUAGAAGGGUUUGAGUCACUGCAGCUUUAGACAGAAAGUGUCCGUGUUCACUGACUGUGGGCCAUAAAUAUGCUUUUAGUACCGCUUUGCUGAUGUGUAAAUAAGAAAUCUGUAAUAUGUAUUAUAUGUAAUUAUUUUCUUUUGACUUCAUUUCAAAAUGUAUAUUUUCUGGUUAUUAUCAUGAGCUAUAAAGCAAAAGAUCAAUAUCUGAUAUUCUCCCAAAAAAUAAAUUUUCAAGAUUCA